AUGCCGGAGGGUAUACGCAAGUAUUACGUGGGUCUGCUAAACCUAAUUCUGCUCUUCUUAAUCGCCUGGCAAGCGUCGCCUUACGCCACGAGAAGUUACGAUUACCGCGGCGUGACCGGCGGCGCUGGUGGAAAGGGAAUGAUGACGCUAGGGAAGGACGUGCCUGUACGGAGUUCCGCCGCCACCGACGCCAAGGAAGCGUCGCUGGAUUCGUCCGAGUGGUCGCUCUCGGACAAGCUCGUCGCAGGGCGACCAGCAGCCGUCGCAGGCGACGCAACGGGGUCGCAGGCGCGGGGCAGCGGCGCGGCGAGCGACAGCCACGGACGCGGACAGGGAGUAUCCGGCGAGGCAGGGCUGCACCGAGAGGGGGCCGCGGCGGAUGGGGGAAAAGGUUCCGCCAAGGCGAAAGAAAGGCGCGAGCACGUUUGUUACACUUCCUCAGCCCCAUGGAAGGGUCACACCCUGGUUCCGCGCAACCACCUUUCGCGCAGGGGUGGUGGUGGGCGGAAGGGGGUGUGCGCGGGUAGGUGUGCAUGGCGUCAUGUUCCGCAUCUCCUCCCCCCGAAUGCUCCCCUUUCUCCUUCCGCCCUUCCUCGGUCUUCUCUUCCCCUUUCUCUCCUUUCCCCCUUCUCUCUCUCCCCAUCAGCCCCAUGGAAGGGCUACCAUCUGGUUCCGCGCAACCACCUUUCCCUGGGGGGGGUGGUGGGCGGAAAGGGGUGUGCGCGCUGUGUGGGAGAGCGUGAGUGUGUGGCCCACGAUCUCCGUCCCCACUUCUACCCAUUCCCCAUGGAAGGGCUACCAUCUGGUUCCGCGCAACCACCUUCCCCCGGGGGUGGUGGUGGGUGGGAGGGGGUGUGCGCGCUGUGUGCGCGGAAGGGACUGCGGCAUGCGCGUUUGGAUCAACGCCCCGGCCACUUGGGUGCAGGUGGGUUUGGGAUGGGUGCAGGUGGGUUUGGGAUGGGUGCUGCUGGGUUUGGGAUGGGUGGUGGUGGAAAAAGGACGGAUGCAGGUGGGACUGGGGUGGAUGCAGGUGGGAAUGGGGUGGGUGCAGGUGGGAAUGGGGUGGGUGCAGGUGGGUACCACAUGGGUGCAGAUCUACCCCAACGCCAGCUGAUCUACCCCAACGCCAGCUGGUGGAAGAAGGACAUGACGCUUAUCCUCAAGGGCCCUGCUCUCUCCCAUGGGGACAUCUACCCCAACGCGAGCUGGUGGAAGAAGGACAUGACGCUCAUCCUCAAGGGCCCUGCUCUCUCCCAUGGCGACGUGCGCUGCCUCGACCCCCCUGCCUGCUCGCAACUCGACCUCACCUACCGCCUCUGGGACGUGGGACAGUACAAGCCAUUCCUGGGCGUAGGCUGCGCCAACCUGCAGUUCGCCCCCAACUACAAGCAGCACCUGAGCCUCAUCCCGUUCCUCCCUUUUCCACUUCGCCCCAUGCGUUCUCUCACUCUUCCCAGGGCAUUCCCGAGGGUAGGCUGCGCCAAUCUGCGGUUCGGCCCCAACUACAAGCAGCGCCUGAGCCUCAUCUACAGCCUCUCUGUUCCGUUCCCCUCACGUGUUCGUCUCCUCUCUCCCCUACCAGGGCAUUCCUGA